AUGAACAUUUAUUGGAAAACAUUAACUAUUCUUCCGAGAGAUUUAUUUCAUGGCCUCGAGAAUAUUCAACUUAAGAAAUUAAAUAUCUGCUGUAACAAGCUGACGACAUUACCAAAAGAUAUCUUUAAUCCUCUUGAAGAUCUUCGUGCGUUACGAAUAAAGUCCAAUGAACUAAAUUAUCUAGAUUCGAGUAUUUUCUAUGAGUUAUUACAACUGCAGAAACUCGAUCUCAGCGAAAACAAAUUGUCAGCAUUAUCAAAAGAUAUAUUUAAUGGUCUACAAGAUCUAUGUCGUCUACAUUUAAAUUCAAAUCAACUAAGUUACCUUGAGCCAGGUAUUUUUGAUGAUUUAUUGAACCUAACUGAUCUUAAUAUCAGUAGUAACAAUCUUACCACUUUAUCGAAAGAUAUAUUUUGUAAUUUAGAAAAGCUUCGUUAUUUUCAUUUACAUUCAAACAAACUAAACAAUCUUGAGUCAGGUUGUUUCAAUGGUUUAUCAAGACUUGAAAAGCUAAAUAUCGGAAACAACAGUCUGACAAAAAUCGCCGAAGGUGUUUUUAAUGGUCUCGAAAACCUGCGGAUAUUAGAUUUGGAUUCAAACAUACUGCACAAUCUUCAGGCAGGGUGUUUCGAUAGUUUAUUACUACUUCAGGAACUUAAUCUCAGCAACAACAGUCUGAUAAAUUUGUCCAGAGAUGUAUUUAAUGGUCUUGAAAAUCUUCAGACACUAAAUUUGUCUUCAAACAAACUACAAAAUCUUGAGUCGGGAUGUUUCAAUGGUUUAUCACAACUUCAUCGGCUCGAUAUAUGCAAAAACAGACUGAUAAAUUUGCCCAGAGAUAUAUUCAGUAGUCUUGAAAAUCUCAAGUACUUGAAUUUAACUUCAAACACUUUAAGCAAUUUUAAGUCAGGUGUUUUUAGUAAUUUGUCAAAACUCGAAUAUCUUAAUAUCAGCAAUAACAGUUUGACGACAUUGCCAACAAAUAUAUUCAAUAGCCUCCAAAAUCUUUGUGACCUACAAUUAAAUUCAAACGAACUACAAAACCUUGAAUCAGGUAUUUUCAAUGGUUUAUUACAACUUAAGCAUCUUAGUAUCGAAAAUAACAAUUUGACAACAUUGUCCAAAAAUGUAUUCAAUGGUCUUGAAAAUUUGUGGAAACUAUUAUUGGGUUCAAACAAACUACAAAAUCUCGAGUCAGGAUGUUUCAAUGGUUUAUCACAACUUCGCGAGCUCGAUAUAAGCAAAAACAGACUGAUAAAUUUGUCCAGAGAUAUAUUAAAUAGUCUUGAAAACCUUGAGAGCUUGGAUUUAAAUUCAAACACUUUAAGCAAUUUUGAGUCAGGUGUUUUUGGUAAUUUGUCGAAACUUGAAAAUCUACGUAUCGGCAAUAACAAUUUGACGACAUUAUCAACAAAUAUAUUCAAUAGUCUCCAAAAUCUUCGUUUACUAGAUUUAUAUUUGAAUAAACUACAAAACCUUGAGUCAGGUUGUUUCAAUAAUUUAUCACAACUUCAUACACUUAAUAUUAGCCAAAACAAACUGACAACUUUAUCAAAAAAUGUAUUCAAUAGUCUCGAAAAUCUUGGUUACCUACAUUUAAAUUCAAAUGAACUACAAAACCUUGAAUCAGGUAUUUUCAAUGGUUUAUCACAACUUGGGCAUCUUAAUAUUAGCGAAAACUGUCUGGCAACAUUGUCGAAAGGUGUAUUCAAUGAUCUACAAAAGCUCAGAUUCCUAGAGUUAAAUUCGAAUGAACUACAAAACCUUGAGUCAGGUAUUUUCAAUAAUUUAUCAAAUCUUUAUGAACUUGAUAUUAGCGAAAACAAACUGACAAAUUUAUCAAAAGGUUUAUUUAAUGGUCUACAAAAUCUUUGUAAACUACAUUUAGGUUCGAAUGAACUACAAAACCUCGAAUCAGGUAUUUUUGAUGGUUUCUCACAACUUCAGUAUCUUAAUAUCACGAACAACAGGUUGGCAACAUUGCCCAAAAAUCCGGAAUGUUUCAAUGGUUUAUCACAACUUCGCGAGCUCAAUAUAAGCAAAAACAGACUAAUGAAUUUGUCCAGAAAUAUAUUUAAUAGUCUUGAAAAUCUCAAGUACUUAGAUUUAACUUCAAACACUUUAAGCAAUCUCGAGUCAGGUGUUUUCAAUAAUUUACCAAAGCUCAAAGAACUUCAUAUCAAUGAAAACAAAUUGAAAAGGUUACCAAAAAAUAUAUUCAAUGGUUUACAAGAGCUUCAGAUCCUACAUUUAAAUUCGAAUAAACUAAAAACCAUUAAAUCAGGUAUUUUCAAUGGUUUAUCACAACUUGUGCAGCUUAAUAUCAGCGACAACAGUCUGACAAAAUUGUCGAAAGGUGUAUUUGAUGAUCUGCAACAGCUCCGUUACCUAAAUUUAAGUUUAAAUGAUCUACGAAACCUUGAGUCAGACUCUGUUGAAAGUUAUUAUGAAUAA